GGAUACUUAGGUCCAAGCCCAUAUCAUUAAAUCAUCUUGGCCCGAAAGCAAUUUCAUAAGUACUUCGGGCCCAUUUCUUGUUAGCUCAGUCGUACCAAUCUUGCAAACAAACGAAGAAAGAAAAAUUAUUUCUUCGAAGAAUCAGAAAUUCAUCUUUGAAAACCUCCCUCAAAUUCACAGGGGCUCCCUAAUUAAUGAUGCCACGUUACCCCAUCAGCUACCGCGGGGCCCACGAAGAUCCACGCUCGUUCAUGCUCCGGGGGCCACCGCCCCUCCCCCACCCCCACCCCGCCCAUCUUGAAGAAGAACUCGAUCUCCAACAGAGAGACAUCCAACGACUCCUUUCCGAAAACAGGCGAGUGGUGGACGACAACGUAAUGCUCCAACGCGACCUGGCAGCUGUCAAAGACGAGAUCCACAGAUUAAAUCAAUCCGUUAUUCCUAAACUGCAGGGCGAGAGUGGGACCCACAGGAGGGAGCUGGUCGAGAGAGGGCUCAGCUUAGAGGCUCAGCUCCGAUCAGCCGAGCCGCUUAGGAAAGAAGUUGUUCAGCUGAGAGACGAAGCCAAGAAAUCGAGCUCUCAAAGGCAGGAUUUGUCCGCACAGGUUCAGAAUCUCGAAAAGGAUGUCGGCAAAUUGCAAACGGAGAAUAAGAAAGUGGCUUCGAUGAAGAGCGAUAUCGAUAAGAUGCGGAAAGACGUCGUUGAUGCCAGGAGAAUAUUUGAGUAUGAGAAGAAAGGAAACGAAGAGUUGGUGGAGCAAAAUCGAGCAAUGGAGAAAAACCUUAUCUCAAUGGCUCGUGAAAUAGAGCAGUUACGUGCUGAGCAAGCGAGUGCCGACCGGAGGGCAAUCGGUGCUAGAGGAUAUGGGAUGAUGGAUGGAAGCCCGGAAACGAGAUAUCCGGGGCCGUAUGGUGAUGUGUAUGGGGCCGGGCCUUGGGGUACGUAUGAUAAGCUGGGCCCACCUCCAAGACGUUGAUCCUUAUUGGGAACUAUGGUUAGUGAACCGCCGUUUGUAAUGUUUGAAUCGAUCCCUCGAAUUGGUCGAGUAUGGUAGAGUUGAAGGAUUAGAAUGCAAAGAGUGAGUGUGGAAUGUGUGUUGUAAUACAACUAGAUCUCGUUCGAUAGGCUUUAUGUAUUGCUAAUUGAGGUUGAUUCU